GCCAGGAGAGCGUUUCCAGAUUGGCUUUCUCUGGAGGCGGGCUGAGGACUCAUUUGAGACUAGGACUACUUCCUGAAGCGCGAGACAGGAAGUUAUCUGGGAUGUCUGUAGUCCCGUGGGGAAAGUACCGGCUUCCGCUUUGGUGACGGCUAGAGCAGGCGGUGGGUCGGCGGACUGGCUGUUUGGUCUCGCCGCAGCUAGGGGUCCGUUUCCAUCGCAGCACCACGGCCCCCUCCUCCAGCCCAGACCCCGGCGAGGCUGCCCGGGGGGCUCCUUCAGGCUCCUUGACGCCGCUCCAAGGGGCAUCUACCUGGGCAUCGCCUGGGCCUCCUGCCGGGGGACUGACUCCCGGCUUCAGCACUCAGGGCCACAAUAAGAGGUGCCCUUAUCAACACGCGCCCUGCCCCCCUCCCUGAGCCAUCGAGACCCUGGUCCAGAGCGACAGCCUAGGACCUGGGACUAGACGGAUCCAAGACGCUAAGCCCUGGCCUCCUACAGAGGGGGCUCUGCAUCGUCUCUGAUAUGUCACCCACCAUCUCCCACAAGGAUAGCAGUCGGCAACGACGGCCAGGGACUUUUAACCACUCUCUAGAUAUGAAGAGCGGUCCUCUGCCGCCGGGCGCCUGGGAUGAUAAUUAUCCAGAGUUGGUUGACGGGGAAGGGGACCAAGAAGCUUUUUUGCGGGAUAUCGGCGCUAGUGACUUCUCAAAACCCCCACGGAGCUGCCGGGCGGAAUUAAGCAGCAUUUUGCUGUUACUCUUUCUUUACGUGCUUCAGGGCAUUCCACUGGGCCUGGCGGGAAGCAUCCCACUCAUUUUACAGAGCAAAAACGUUAGCUAUACAGAUCAAGCUUUCUUCAGUUUUGUCUUUUGGCCCUUCAGUCUCAAAUUGCUCUGGGCCCCGUUGGUUGAUGCGGUUUACUUUAGGAACUUCGGUCGUCGCAAAUCUUGGCUUGUCCCUACACAGUAUAUACUGGGACUCUUCAUGAUAUAUCUCUCCACUCAAGUGGACCAUUUGCUCGGAAAUACAGAUGGCAGAACCCCCGAUGUGGUUGCUCUCACUGUGACAUUCUUUUUGUUUGAAUUCCUGGCAGCUACUCAGGACAUCGCUGUGGAUGGUUGGGCGUUAACCAUGUUAUCCCGGGAAAACGUGGGUUAUGCUUCUACUUGCAAUUCAGUGGGCCAAACAGCCGGUUACUUUUUGGGCAAUGUUUUGUUUUUGGCCCUUGAAUCUGCCGACUUUUGUAACAAAUAUUUGCGGUUUCAACCUCAACCCAGAGGAAUCGUUACUCUUUCAGACUUCCUUUUCUUCUGGGGAACUCUAUUUUUGAUAACAACAACUUUAGUUGCCCUUCUGAAAAAAGAAAACAAAGAAGUAUCAGUAGGAAAAGAAGAAACCCAAGGGAUCACAGAUACUUACAAGCUGCUUUUUGCAAUUAUAAAAAUGCCUGCAGUUCUGACAUUUUGCCUUCUGAUUCUAACUGCAAAGAUUGGUUUUUCAGCAGCAGAUGCAGUAACAGGACUGAAAUUGGUAGAAGAGGGAGUACCCAAAGAACAUUUAGCCUUAUUGGCAGUUCCAAUGGUUCCUUUGCAAAUAAUAUUGCCUCUGAUUAUCAGCAAAUAUACUGCAGGUCCCCAGCCACUAAACAUAUUUUACAAAGCCAUGCCCUACAGAUUAUUGCUUGGAUUAGAAUAUGCUCUACUGGUCUGGUGGACUCCUAAAGUAGAACAUCAAGGGGGAUUCCCUAUAUAUUACUAUAUUAUAGUGCUGCUCAGUUAUGCGUUACAUCAGGUUACAUUGUAUAGCAUGUAUGUUUCCAUAAUGGCUUUCAAUGCGAAGGUUAGUGAUCCACUUAUUGGCGGAACAUAUAUGACCCUUUUAAAUACUGUGUCUAACCUGGGAGGAAACUGGCCUUCUACGGUAGCUCUUUGGCUGGUAGAUCCCCUCACAGUGAAAGAGUGUGUAGGAGCAUCAAACCAGAAUUGCCGAACACAUGAUGCUGUUGAGCUUUGCAAAAAACUCGGUGGCUCAUGUGUUACAGCACUGGAUGGUUAUUAUGUGGAGUCCAUUAUUUGUGUUUUUAUUGGAUUUGGUUGGUGGUUCUGUCUUGGUCCAAAACUUAAAAAGUUACAGGAUGAAGGACCAUCUUCAUGGAAGUGCAAAAGAAGCAAGUAAUGCAUUCACUACUGGACAUUCUAGAAAGGUAACUCUAGUUUAGUUUUAACUCAGAGUUAUGAUAAUCAGUGUACAGGAGUAUAAAAUAUUAUUUUAAACAGGAAAUUAUUAAUAUAAAAUGUCAAAUGGUUAAAAAUAUAGAGACCUCUCUGUAUAUUUAAAUAUACUUUUCCUUGCCUUGUCAAUGUAUUUAAAGUUUACUUAAGGUCAGGAAAUUGGUACUAAAACAACUUUUCUGAUCUUGUUAUUUGAUUUAUGUCUUUUUAAUUUACUGACCAAAGCAUGUUUUAAGCUGCAAUGCAGUAGUCAUGGGUGGUAACCAUGCAGUCAAGUAUUGUUAUCAGUACCUAUCAUUGAGCUAUAUUAAAAUGUUUGGUAAAAUAUAUUAAAUGGAACAGAGCUUGAUAUUCAGGUACUAACUACAACUAGUUUGGCCUUGUUGGCAGUUAAAUCUUAUUUUGAAUUGUAAAUUGGUUAAAUUUGUUGUGGAAUUUGUUGAGAAGAGAAUAUAAACUACUGAAAAACCAUUUUAGUUUUAACUUUUCUGACCAUAACCACAUUGUGCUAAUGAAUCUGUGUUAAAAAGACUAUUUUAAAUGUAUUUCCUGCUUUUGUAAGCAUUAAAGACUUAUAGGAAGAUUAUUCAAACUAUUUUUUAUAAAAUGAAAGCUAUGACUUUUAUUGGUUCCCCUCCCCCUUCCCCCUUUUGAAAGAUAUUUUGAUUACUUGUUAAUUUUACCGUAAAGCUUACAUAUGGUUUUUUGUCAUAAGUGCUUCAUGGCACAUGGACAGCUCACAAGUGGUUCAAAUUUAAUGUUGUAUGUAUGUUCAUGGCAAAGUUUUGAAAAUAAAAAUUAAACGUUUUUCUUCAA